CGGCAACGUUCCCAGUUGUGACCAAGGACGGUAAACAAAACGAUCUUUACAGACGUUUAGUUAGGCAUACUAGGACUGGUAAGCCAAAAGUACAAGGCCAGUAAAGGUUCUGAAGCUGUUAGUAGCGACUGUAAUAUUUGUCUGUUCAUAACCUCUACCCGCUCUACCCUAACAUGGCAGUCGUAUCUAGUGUAUCAAAAUUGUUUCUUGGACGAGUACAGGGAUUAUCUAGAUUGUCAGCCAGCCUGAAAUAUGCUAGCACCAGUACAGGAUCCAGUUAUGAGUUUAUCGUCACGGAGACAAAGGGAGACAAGAAGAAUGUUGGACUUAUUACACUAAACAGGCCCAAAGCUUUAAAUGCACUGUGUAAUGACUUGAUGAAGGAAGUCAGUGAUGCAGUGGAAAAGUUUGAAAAUGAUAGUAGUAUUGGUGUUCUUGUCAUCACUGGAAGUGAAAAAGCAUUUGCUGCAGGAGCCGACAUUAAGGAAAUGCAGCAUAAUACUUAUGCACAGAAUGUAAGAGGAAACUUUCUGAGCCACUGGAACCGAGUUGCUUCUUGCAGGAAACCUGUAAUAGCAGCAGUCAAUGGUUAUGCUCUGGGAGGUGGGUGUGAGUUGGCCAUGAUGUGUGACAUCAUUUAUGCGGGAGAUAAAGCUAAGUUUGGACAACCAGAGAUAGCAAUAGGGACGAUCCCAGGUGCAGGUGGCACCCAGCGGUUGCCAAGGUACGUUGGCAAGUCCAAAGCUAUGGAGAUAGCUCUCACAGGCGUUCCAAUAACAGCUCAGGAGGCAGAGAAAGCAGGGUUGGUGAGUAAAGUGUUUCCUGCUGAUCAGCUUGUGUCAGAAGCUGUGAAACUGGGUGAAAAAAUCUCAUCACAUUCCCAGCUGAUUGUUGCUCUUUGCAAGGAAUCAGUUAAUACAGCAUAUGAAACAUCAUUACAGGAAGGACUUCAUUUUGAAAAGAGGUUGUUCCAUGCCACAUUUGCCACUGAGGAUCGUAAGGAAGGCAUGACUGCAUUUGUCGAGAAGCGUUCGCCCAACUUUACCAACAACUGAAAUGUGGAGUUUGAAAAGAAUUGUUCUGAAUAUGAAAGUUGGUGGUUCACGCAGUGGGCAUCGUAUGCAGCUCGAAUGAAUACAAGUAUGAAAUAAUUUGAAUUAACAAAUAAUAAACAGCUUUAUUAUUGCUUUGUAUUGUUUUGAUAGACUUUUUGAAACUUACAUGUUUGUAUAACUUUUAAGUCUUAUAUAAAUGCAACAACUCAUACUAAUUUUA